CUCCUCUUUCCCCGGCGGCGGGUGGCGAGUGUGGAAGGUUCGUUCCUGGUGCUCGGUCCGGCCUCGGCCUGCCUGCUCCCCGACUUCUAACUUGAAAAAUUUGAUGUGGGGGGGGCGCUGCUUUGGAAGACACUGGUGAAAGCCUGUGAUUGAGUGCUACCAACAGCAGUCUGCGUGCCCACUGAGGGUCUGAGCCACCAUGCCGGGAAAACGCACUGCAAAGAAAAGCCCUGUGCCAGAAGACGAGUCUCCCGCCAGGAAGAAGCUUAAAGUCAGCCACCCGUCCCACCGGACGCAGCCCGGCCUGGUGCUUUCGCUGGGGCAGGGGGACGUCGGCCAGCUGGGCCUGGGCGAGGGCGUGAUGGAGAGGAAGAAGCCAGCCUUGGUGCAGCUGCCGGAGAUGAUCGUGCAGGCGGAGGCAGGAGGGAUGCACACCGUGUGCCUCAGCGAGACGGGCAAGAUCUACACCUUUGGCUGCAACGACGAAGGCGCCCUCGGGCGCGACACCUCGGCAGAAGGGUCUGAGACCACGCCGGGGCUGGUGGAGCUGCAGGAGAAGGUGGUGCAGGUCUCAGCGGGGGACAGCCACACAGCGGCGCUGACGGAUGACGGCAGGGUUUUUGUCUGGGGCUCUUUCCGGGAUAACAACGGGGUGAUAGGCCUGCUGGAGCCUAUGAAGACAAGCUCUGUCCCUGUGCUCCUCCAGCUCAGCUCACCUGUCGUUAAAAUUGUCUCAGGGAACGACCACUUGGUGAUGCUGACGAUGGACGGCGACCUGUUCACGUGCGGCUGCGGCGAGCAGGGCCAGCUGGGGAGAGUGCCGGAGCUCUUCGCCAACCGAGGAGGGCGGAAAGGGCUGCAGCGCCUGCUGGUCCCGCAGCGUGUCCCUGUCAGAGGCAGAGGCAACAAAGGCAAGAUGCGCUUCCAGGACGCCUUCUGCGGGGCUUACUUCACCUUUGCCGUCACGCAGGAAGGACACAUCUACGGGUUCGGCCUCUCCAACUACCACCAGCUGGGGACCCAGGGCACCGAGCCCUGCUUCUCCCCGCAGAACCUGACGUCCUUCAAGAACUCCACCAAGUCCUGGCUCGGGUUCUCCGGCGGGCAGCACCACACCGUCUGCGUGGACUCGGAGGGUAAAGCCUACAGCCUGGGCCGGGCCGAGUACGGCCGGUUAGGCCUCGGGGAAGGGGCAGAAGAGAAGAGCACACCCACCGUCAUCCCCGACCUCCCCAGCAUCUCUUCCGUGGCGUGCGGCGCGUCGGUCGGCUACGCUGUCAGCAGUGACGGGCGAGCGUUUGCCUGGGGCAUGGGCACCAACUACCAGCUGGGCACCGGGGAGGAGGACGACGUCUGGAGCCCCGUGCAGAUGACGGGCAAGCAGCUGGAAAACCGCGUGGUCCUGGCCGUGUCCAGCGGAGGCCAACACACUGUCUUGCUGGUCAAGGACAAGGAGCAGAGUUGAUGAAGCGGCUGGAGCACAGCGGGAUCGCGGGGCCCGCGCACACACCCACCUUCUGCCCUUGGUCUCUUUUUGGGAGGCUGGUUCCCAGCUCUGCUCUCUCGCAGACCACGUCAGGGAAGGCAGGAGGGCCCCUGGAGCCGGGCCCCGAGGGGUCCUGGCGGUGUCUGCGUGGCUGGAGCAGGGAUCUGCAGGGAUGCUCGUGUUUUCUGUCUGCAAGUGUCUGUCUUCCCGUGGUACCGGGUGCUCUGUCAGCUCCUCCAGUUCAGCUUGGUCCUAAACUGAUCUCAGUGCUGUGACUA